CUUUGAUAAAGAAAAGAAAAAUGAAAGCUUAUUACUUCUUUGUAUGGCUACUAAGUCUAGCCUUUCCGUUAAGUAUCUAUAGUUAUAGAAUUACCGCAUUAAUGAAAGCUGAUACGACUCGUAUGAGACGCUUCAAUAUCAACAAUAGAAUGUAUUACGACUCUUUUGGGUAUAAAGAAGCAAAAACCCAUUAUGACGUCUACUACCAGAAGGGCCAAACUGACGAUAUUGUAACGACCUUUAGUAUUCAUAACAAUUAUACUGGUAUUGAGAAUUGUGUAGAUGAAUACUAUAGCGACACUGCAACAAUUACGAUUAGUUCCAUUCUAGGAAAGACUUUCUUAGUGGGAGAGAAACAUUUUAGCGUCGAGCCCUUCGAGGUUAAAUAUAGAAAUUGCCAAUUCAUUAUUUCCACCUAUAAGAAUUUUUUUGGACCUGAUGCCAAGAUGUAUUGCUUGAAAGAUUUUGUUAUGGAAUACGUUCAAGCUAAUUUUAAUCGGGAUUACUUUUAUAUAAGACCGGGUUGGAAAUAUUAUGAUUGUGGCUCUCCUGAAAAUCUGACAAAUUUUUCUUCCUGUUUCUUCGAUCCUUUGUACUAACGAAGUUUAUUUUUUAUGAAGUAUAGGAUCAACUAUGAAUAAAAUUAGUCUAUAUUAUUAAUUAUUAAUUAGGUUUAAAAUAAAAUAUGUAAAAAAUUUUGUAAUUUUAUUUAUUCAUAAAAUAAAAUCAUUAUUUUAUGGUUAACAGGUUAACUAUAUCAAUAUUUCAUUGGUCCAGAAC